AAAGAUCACCAAAUGUACUAUGUCUACCAAAAAUUUAUGACCUUGUCCAAGUUCAUCCUUGCACAAUGUCGAAUGAAGAUGUUAGGAAAAAAUUCCAAUUUUCCCUUAAACUCACGAACUUAUCUCUUGACAUCAACGGCCGUCAUCUUAUCUCGAUCGGCAAUGCAAUUGAUGCUAUCACUUGAGUCAUCCUUAAAUCACGUGCUAACUAUCGCAACCUUCAGUAUGCUAUCUUUUACUUUAAAGACAAAGAAACGAUGGAUGUCGUCAAAAACAGAGAGACUUUCUAUUUUGAUAGAAAAGAUUAAUCUGGGUAGACCCGAACUCAAAGUUAUGUUUCAUUUGCCAAACUCCUGGUCACCAGUCACAAAAUUGUCAGAAAAAAAGAUCAUCCCCAGAGACCGCCAAAUACAACAGCUCUACCAAAGAUUCCAACCGGCGCAAUUCUGCAAUUAUCGGGCCCCUAUUAACAAACCCAAACCAUUUUAUCCUAAUAAAUUGACACCAAACACAACGGAUCAAACUAACAAAGUUCCAUUAAAACAAAAUAAUGACCCAAAGAACCCAUAUAUAAAUCCUAAACCU